UGUUUAAUGUCUAUCGUCUUAAACGAGUAGCGUACACACGUAAUUAAACAAAGGAAGAAGAAGAAGAAGAAGGCUCAGACCUCAGGCUUGGAGGCUUUGCUUCUUGUUUUUCACUCUACUUUUUCCUAUUUUCUCGUUUCGACGAGAACGAGGCUUCCAUUUAUAAACCCCUCUUUGUAUAAUAACUAUUAUAUUUAUUACUUUAAUACCAAUUUUCCGCUCUACUUUUAAGGACCUAGUUCAGAAGUAGAGGAACUUUGUUAUGGCCGCCUAAGGCUUCAUCUCCCUCUCUUUCUAUAUAUAUAGUUUUCUGUACACACCUUUCUCUCUCUAGAAUUAUCAUUCUUUCCGUCUCGCUCUUCAAGUUUCAGGUUAUUAUCGGAGAAACUUUUUGGUAGGUGGAAGACUUUAGAAUGGCUAAGAACGAAGAUUCAGGUAGCCCUGGUUGGGGUGCUUCUUUUUUUAUGCAAACAACGGAAGAUGUUGCCAGAGCUGUUGCUGCUGCUGCGGCAGCAGCCACUGCCCCACGUUCUCCACGGCCAUCUGUGAUAUUUUCAUCAAAGGAUGAAAAUGGUGGCAGCCAAUUUCAGAAAAUUCAACGCCAAGUUACUAGUAUCCUGAAAGGCUUCUCACAGCCUCGUGAAGUAAAACGUGUAACAUAUAAUCCAGAAGAUUUGACUAGCCUGAAGCGUCAAUGGGCAAACUUUCAGUUGCAGUACUUGGACCACAAGUCUUAUAAGGAGCCAACAAGGCUUUUCGAGAGCAUGGUAGUUGUUGGCCUUCACCCUAAUUGUGACAUUCAAGCACUUGAGAGGCAAUAUGUUGGAAGAAGGGCUGAAGGUUCUGGAAAGUUGCGAAAUACACUUAGUUAUCAGAAUCAAUCACGUGUAGAACCCAAUAUUGAACCUCAGGUCUUGUUUGUUUACCCUCCAGAAAAGCAGCUGCCACUUAAAUACAAGGAUCUCCUUUCAUUUUGCUUCCCUGGAGGCGUUGAGGUUCAUGCUGUUGAAAGAACUCCUUCCAUGAGUGAAUUAAAUGAAAUUCUUCUUGGGCAGGAACACCUUAAACAAAGCGAUUUGUCAUUUGUAUUCCGGUUACAGGUUGCUGAUUCAACAUUAUAUGGAUGCUGCAUGUUAGUUGAAGAAUUAGUACAAAAACCUUCUGGAUUGCUUUCAAUAAUUUCAGACAAACAACCUUCCUAUCCUCCUUUGAGCCGUCAUAUGCUAACCACUCGCAGAUGUUAUUGCAUUCUCUCAAGGCUUCCUUUUUUUGAAUUACACUUCGGUGUAUUGAAUAGCAUCUUCACAGAAGAAAGGUUAGAGCGGCUGACAAAAGGUAUUGCUGGUUUAGAUUUUGAAUCACCAGAGGACUAUAGCAAGGAAGAACAUAUAGACGAAAGUACUGAAGAAACUUCUGACAGUGUAUCAGUAGAUGAUAGAGCUGCAGAGGAUGUGCUCAAUGGAUCACCUGAGCUUUCCCAAUGCAAAGAUUCUGAACCUGGAGCAGUUACAAAUGAUGGGAGUCACCUAGAUUGUCAGAUGCUUGACAAGGAUAUUGACUUGUUGAAGAAAAAAAUCAAGGAUGAUGUUGUUUCUAUUGAACCUGAAACCGAGUUGGCUACAGCCAAAAGAGAAUCUAGUGGUGCAAAUAGUGAAGAUUGUGAUGACUAUGUUGAUAUCAUUGCUAUAAAUAAGCAAGCAGUGGAAAGCCGUUUCCCAAAUGCUGUUCUGCCUCUCCUGCGCUAUUAUCAAUAUGAAAGCUCUGAAUCUUCACCCAGUUUUCAGGGUUCUCCCUGCGAGGACAGAAAUUUUCGGAGUGAUGUUGAUGAUACUGAGACAGAAGAGGCAUCUUUCUCUGGCCAAGAUGAUUCUAACGAUCUCAAUGGUAUUUUGGAAUGGGCUAAGGCAAAUGAUCAUGGAUCACUACAAAUCAUAUGCGAGUAUUACCGGCUGCGUUGCCCUGCGAAGGGUUCCACUCUUAGAUUUCAUCCCUUGGAGCACUUGCAUCCCUUGGAAUAUCAUAGACUAGAAGAAACUGUCAUACAUGUCGGUGGUUCAACUAUUGAUUUGAGGUCUUGCACUACAAGUUUAGAACUUUCUGAGGCUCAUACAGCGCUCUUGGUUGAGGAGGAAGCAAAUGCUUUGUCAAUAUGGGCAGUUGCAUGCAUAUGUGGCUCUUUACGACUCGAAAACGUAUUAACUUUGUAUGCUGGGGCACUGCUGGAGAAGAAUAUUGUGGUGAUCUGUUCCAAUUUGGGUAUCUUAUCUGCUAUAGUAUUGUCAAUUAUUCCUCUGAUCCGUCCUUAUCGGUGGCAAAGCCUACUAGUGCCGGUUUUGCCAAGUGACAUGCUAGACUUUUUGGAUGCACCUGUCCCUUAUAUUGUUGGUGUGAAGAACAAAACCAAUGAAGUUCUAUCAAAAUUAUCCAAUUCAGUUCUCGUUGAUGCCAACAAGAACCAGGUGAAAUCACCUACAAUACCCCAACUGCCUAAACAAAAGGAAUUGUUUGCAUCCCUAAGUCCUUAUCAUGCAAAGCUCGUUGGAGAAAGUUAUUUGGGGAAGAAAAGACCGAUUUAUGAAUGCACGGAUGUACAGGUUGAAGCCGCCAAGGGUUUCUUAUCAGUUCUAAGAGCUUACUCAGAUUCACUUUGCUCAAAUCUCCGUCCCCACACAAUUACAAAUGUACAGUCCAAUGAUGAUAAGGUAUCUUUACUCCUGAAGGAGAGUUUCAUCGAUUCAUUUCCUAAUCGCGAUCGACCAUUUAUGAAGCAUUUCGUGGACACGCAACUCUUCUCUGGACAUACAGAUCUUGUGCUCUCUUUCUUCCAAAAGGAAUAGUACCGACCAUAUAAGGAUUAGCCUUUAGAGUUAUAUUUCAUGAUGUAACUUGAACGUAAGUUCAGUGAUGCUACUCGUCUUAAGUUAUAGGGUUAGGCCGAGAUUAAAAAAAAAUUUGCCUGCCUUAAAAUGUUCUUCCCAGCUUUUUUGCCACUCUUGACUGAUUGUGUAUGGCAACCUAGUUGUGAAGGCUUGUUUUGCAGCCUUUCUAUGUUAUAAAAUAUAUGUAUGCAAGAGAAUAUCUCCAACCUAAUGAAAAUUACAGGGGUGGUAUAGUAUCUCAUUCAUACAGUGAGAAACACGUAUUUAUUAUUAUGUAUGUAUAUAUAUAUAUAUUUGUACCAUGGCUCUGUACUGGACUUUGAUUUUGGUAUCAUAUAAAUAUUAAAUUGAAGACGCUUCAUAA